UUAGUGUAAUGUGUCUUUUACAGUAGAUUUAUUCCAUAUGGUUGUUUUAUAGUUGCAUUCGAUUUUACAUUUUACAAUUUUUUUAAUUUUUAUGAUGAGUGCUUUUAUUAUUUUAUUAUGCAUACAAAUAGCUAUGACGGUGGAUCUACCGAAAAAAAAACCGAUAGAUCCACGGGAGAUAAAAUGGUCCGCGGUGGGUCCAUUACAGGCUGAUAAAAUAAACACUCAUGAUCCAUGGUUGAGCAAAAGCUUGUGGCAUGAAGACGGUCGAUUUAAUUUUACAGAAAAAAUUUAUGAAAUUGAUAGAACGGACAGUUUUAAACGAAUGCACAUACAAGAUGAUAUUAUGAGUUACUUGCCUGAUAGUCCGUACAAAGAACCAGGGAAGCAGUUAUCGACAAAUGUGGAAAAAACGAGCAAUAGCGGCACUAAGGAACUUAGCGAGGUGGAGUAUUUUAAAAAUCCUGCCCUCUGCAGUUAUAGUCGAGCCAUCUGCCAUGAUAAGAGUGAUGUGUCGACCGAAACAAGUGCAGAGGAUAUCGAAACAGACAGAUGGUUCAAUCCUGUGAACGCCAACUGGCAGCAAAAGUGGAUCAUUAAAUUAAAAUUACCCUUUAAACAUUUUGAACCACACGAUAUCAUUGAGAAAAAAAAGCUCAAUUCUUAUCCUAUCAUCAAAACUAUCGCAGGUGACGGCAACUGUUUGUUCAGGUCGCUAUCCUAUUGGGUUACCGGCUCGGAAGUCCAUCACAGGAAAAUGCGGAAGCUUAUAGUUGAUUUUAUGAAAACGAACAAAAGAAUAAAAAAAUAUUUUAAUGGACCUACCAAAAGGGACAGGUAUUUAAGUGAAACUAUGAUGGCUAAAGGUGGUCAAUGGGGAACCGAAAAUGAAGUAAUUGCUACAGCAAUGUUAUUGAAAACUUCUAUAUACGUCUUUGCCACCCAUCUCAGAAAGUGGAUACUGUACAACAAGGAUAUUGAAAAUCAAAACAAACCCGGAGAAGACGAGAUGUGUAUUUAUAUACGCAAUCUCAGGGAAUUACACUACGACGUAGUAAUAGAUAUUGGUAAUAAAGAAAUGUACCUACACUGAGUUUUACAUUGUAAUAGUUGAAAUUUUAAAUUUCAAUAACAGUAAUUAUUUGUGUUUAAACGCGUACGCAUAUAUUAACGGAAAUAAACGUUUACACACCAUAGAUAAAUUAUUAUCCAUAUAUAUAAUAAAUAUUAAUUAUAAUGUAAAAACUGUAAACAUAUUUAAAAUUAUAUAAUUAUGGUUAACUACAUUGAAAAAUUAAAAAAAAACACAAUGAAAUGUUCAUAAAGGUCGAUCGUUAAAGUUAUUGUUAAAUCAAUUACAAAAAAAAAAAGCAUAAAAUAAUUGUCACA